AUCAAAGGCUUGGCAACUAAGUACACAACUGUAAAAUGGCUUAUUUGUUUCGUUUUGAAAGCGAAAAAAUUCACGGUAAAAAGGUCAUUGCCUGUCUCGCACAGGCCUUCUAGUGUGAAUUUCUUGGAAAUUGUUUUGAAUAAAGGCGACAGCUGAAAGGAAACAACUGGUAAACGUUUGGCAAAAACCAACGAGGACAAUUCUACUGCAGACAAAAGGCUUUAAACUCCACGUGCACUUGUUCAUCGCAAGAUGGAAAAAAAUGAAUUUGAACCGCUACGGUAAUUUCAAGUGCAAUAUUUCUCAAUCUGACGUUUGUUUAUAAACUUUUCUAAAACGUAUUUAUUUGCUCAGAGAUUGAUAUCUUGCAUAUUGUAAGUUGAGCAAUUUUCUUUCACAGGGAGGUUGAGGACGGCCCAGAUGCAGAUCAGAAAGUGGAAUUAAAGUUUGAACAACGUCCCAAAAUGUGAGUAAAAAUUCGUACAGGAUGUGGACUUCGGUAGAAGUUUUCGCUCCGGAGCAGUUGUAAUCUCAAAGAAAGUUCUCCAAACAACUUAGUCAUCUCUCUAAGUUUUAUUCCAAUUUGCCAGCGUUUAAGUUUAUUAGCUGUGUGGAACUUAAAGUUCCAAUUAGAAUGAUCGGUUUCAUGGUAAACAUCUUCGCUCUGUAAGACUGACGUGUUGAAUCGCCAUUGAAUUCCGCGAAGUUGAUUUGGAACGUAUUAUUCUUUCGCACCGUAAUCGUGCUCGAAACAAGAGUCUUUGUGAUGCUUCCUACUAAUUUGCGCAAAACCAUGAGAAUGUUUAUUUGGAUCAGUUAGUACGUGAGAUACAAAAGAAGCAGCAGGUUUAUUGCACAGUUUUUCGAGAAUUUCAAGAUCAACGAUUGUAAUAGCUUUGAGCAGAAACGACGAUUUGAAUGUUGAUUGCAUGAGUGCUGAUAUUUUUCCUUUGCUGUUAUUGUGUUAUGGAGAAAGAAAACAAAGCCAUCAUAUUGUUCGCUGGAUUAUCCAACAAUUACUCUGUCAAACAUGGCUCUUCUUAUGACAUAAACAGAACCGUAAAUUACAGAUCUGUUUACGUCAUAAGGAUACGCAUAAGAGAUGUUUUGACAUCAGAGGCCCUAGGAAGAGAAGGAAGAGAAAACCUGUGUAUGAAAUGAAGGCUUGUACCUAUUGUCGCUUGUCAACAUCGGAGUUAAACACACCAGUUGAACUAGACCUGUUCUUUCGGCUUCAUAAUGUUACUGUUUAUUACUGUGGUGCUUAAAUGGUGAACAUUUCUCUCUUAAGAGCAUUUCGGUCUGUGGUCUUCGUAAACUGUUAUAAACUCUCAAUUGGAUGAGUAUGAUUGUCAGAACAAAGGCCCUUUAAAAUAGCAUCUGGUUCGGCUGCUUAUCGAACAAAUAUUAGCUACGGUUCAUUAAGGAAAAUUAAAUUUGUUAUAAUCCUAAAUUUGCAUAAAUAACUAUUUGCCGGUGUCACAGCAGAUUUGGACCCCCCGCGGAUUUGGACCGGUGGAUAUGGACCCCCUUCGCAGAUAUGGACCCCUCCCCUACCAAAUUUUCCUUUUAAACAUCGUUUGUAUCAAUUAGCCGUCUCGUUCACGUUUACCAGACUACGCAAAGUUUGUUCUUUUCACGUUGUUGUUUUGCAAAGGAGGCAAAGAAAUUUACAAAGAUUUAUGACGCACGUGUACAGCCAUUGUUCUGCUUAUUGAACCUUUUGUCUACUGACGUUCCCGUUGGCGUUGCCAUCGUGGUUUUCUUUAACACUCCACUGACAUUGAUCCGACACUAUUAUCAUGUUGUCGAACUGAAUCCCUGAGGGUUCUGCGGUUCACUGGUGCGACACAUGCAUCUUCACAAGUUAUUGUCAUCUUCAAAUCGGCUUCCUAGGUCGAUGCGUAUAUGCCAUUAUCCUCAAACCGUAAUUUCAGAUUUCGAUGGAUGGUUUGCAAGAGACAUUCUCUGAUAUGGGGUGAUUUAAACAUUCUGUUUACUUUUGUAGCUCCAAAAAAUGGAAAAUCAUCAUAGCAGUAGCGAUUAUCGUUGUGAUUGUGAUAAUUCUCGCUAUUGUUCUUGCCUUGGUGCUGAGAAAAAAAGAAGGAGAACAAGAAAAACAAGGAAAACAAGAAAAAACUGUGCCGGGGCCUACUGAGUUCAUAGUGCCGCCGCUACCUACUGGAGGUAAGAGGCUGGACAGAUACUGAAGCCAGUGCGCUUGCACGGCUGGAAAUCGUUCUUAAAUUUCAUAACAAAAUAAUUCAUAAUAACAUUUUGAAAGUUUUACAACGGUGAUGCAGGUUUUUAUUUCCUAGAUUUAGUGUAUACUCUGAUCACUUUAUUUCUUCCUUUGCAUUUUGUAUUAGGAGAGAAUUAAAUAGAAGAGAUUACUUUAAAAAAAACUUGUUCUUCUCGAAAUAUUUAUCAGUACUUCCCAAGAUUUUAAUCAAGUCUGACUGACUGAUUUUAAAACUUAAGUUUGCUUUGAUAUUUUUAAAAAAUUGGAAACCAUCUUUUUUGCGGUUUCCCUUAACACGAUUGAUUUUUAUACUGAAGAAGCAUCUAACACUUUUUCUUGACUGUGGCUAAUUGUGACGAUCAUGUCUUUUCACCUCACCCUAGCUCCCGCAGGGGCCGAUGGACCUUACACUCACGGAGUAGUAGCAGCGGACGCCGCCCCUUGUUCAGUAGUGGGACGAGAUAUCCUCAAGAAGAAUGGGUCAGCGGUGGACUCUGCCAUUGCUGCCCUAUUUUGUAUAGGUAUCAUCAAUAUGCACUCGGCCGGCAUCGGUGGCGGUGGUUUCAUGACCGUGUAUAAUAGGAGUCUAGGACUGGCCAAAGUGUACGAUUUCAGAGAAGUUGCUCCUGGGAAUGCAAGCGCUAAUAUGUAUGUCAACAGCAGCCUCAACUCCAAAUUAGGUGAGAUAUAAAGGUUUUGUUCCUUUUGGAGGAAUCCGCCCACGCUUAGCCAAAACGAGGAAAUCAUUUUCACCCACAAUAGCUUGUUCAUCACCUCACUGCGUUUCCGUUUUGAAAACGCUUACUCUUUAAUGCGUUUUAACAUAUCGUCCAUGUACACUUGAAAAGUUCAAAAGCGCUCAUAGCGCUUUCUUGUCCCUGCAUCCUGCGGGAACCGUGAUGAACUGUGGGCACAAGGCCCACUACAACGCAUCACUACAACACAUAAUGACAUAUGAGGCUACAGGUCCCGAGAACACAACACAAUAACCCGGCCAAGGUUAAACUGAGCAGUUAUUAGAAAAGCUUCAUUGCUAAAAGAUAACCUCCCCUUCCCCCACCUUUAACUGUAGGAGCUUCAGCCACAGGUGUGCCAGGUGAGGUCAGCGGAUACCUUGCAGCAUGGAAGGCACACGGAAGGCUUCCUUGGAAGGAUCUAGUCCAACCGGCUAUUGAUUUAGCCAAGAAUGGAUUUCGAUUUGGACAUGCUGCACAUUAUGCGGCAAGCCGUAAUUCCACGUUGGCAGCGAUCAAGAAAGAUCCUGGAUUGAGGUAAAAAAUGGGUUACUACCGUGAGAGGGAUCUAGUGGGUUAGCGUGGUCACGAUGGCCUGAUAAUUGGCCUCACUAAUGCACCCAUUACUCAGUCUACACUAAUUCUUUAAAUUGUGAUUUUGCUCAAAAUUAAGAGCGCCCCUCGGACGAAAAACUUUAUGUUGCAAGUUUCGUGCCAUACUUUUGUUUAAUCUUGCUCUUAAGUAUAAUAGUCUGCCAGAAUUUGAUGAAAGAUUUGUGGUUAGUUUCCUCGUGGUGAUUUCGUCUUCGCUGUCGGGAGUAAUCUCGGAACCGCAAAAAACACUUUACUUUGGCCUAGCUUAAAGUAUACUUUAAGGAAUUGUAGCAUUGAUUAACUGUGCUUCAAAAUAGUUUUUUCUCUUUAGCUGUCAAUAAUUACAUAUCUAUAAAACAUGCUGAGGUUGAAUAUGAAUUGAAUACAUUGUUCUCCUUUAGUUAACCUCAUUUUUGUUUGCAUGUCUAUUUUCAGUGAAUUACUGUUGGACAGUAAAGGAAACUUGAAGGAAUUAGGAGCCGUUUUGGAAAUGCCAAAGCUCGGUAGAACUUUGGAGCGAAUUCGCGAUGAUCCAAGUAGUUUCUACACCGGCGAACUGGCUCAGGACAUAGUAAAAGACAUUCGCGAUGGUGGGGGCAUCAUUACGUUGGAGGAUUUGAAAAACUACCGAACGGUAGUUCGUACGCCACUUACAGUAAAGAUGGAUGAUUACACUUUAUAUACGAACCCGCCUCCGGGUAGUGGCGCCGUCUUGUCGUUAAUCAUGAACAUUGUGAAAGGUAUGUGGUGUGCUGGUGUCGUAAUUUCCAUCUGAAUCAGUCCCUCUGGUGUUUUUUUUUUCCCUGUUUCAUAUAGCUCGUUCCUGAUGUUCAACUAUUUGGUAAAACAGAGUGAAAGAAACGAAAGGCACGAGCAAAACAAAAAAAAUCGAGUUUGAGUCGGGUCGCGCAAGGAACGUGACUCGACCCAACCCUCUCUCCUUUUCGCGCAGCUGCAGCAAUUGUGCCAUUUACAAUCCCGCCACGUUUUACUGAUUGAGUGCAUGUAAGAGGCUAAUCUAUUUAAGGUUAAGAUCAGAAGGUCCUGAAGUUCGAUUUCCAAGCCGGCAUCUUUGAGAAUUCCACGAAAGGAUUAUGUGGAAAGUUUAAUACUAGCAUGCGAGGUAUCAAAGGUAGUUCAUUCACAAUGAUAAACCAGAACAGAGCUAGAUGUCACUGAGUCACCUAGAAUUAAAAAUAAAAAAAAAAACAGCGUGAUAACUAAGGUUUGCCAAGGCUGGAAACUGAAAUUAACCCAACAGCGACCCAAAAUAAUCUAAGGGCUUAUGCGGCAUAAUCUAAAAGUUGUUAUGACGCAAUUAAUUUGUAUCAUUUGAAAUGGCUAGUUCAGAGUUGAAUACAUUUAGUUAUGAACUUCGAUAGCAAAAAGAAAGCAUAGCAAAAUAAAAACUAGAAUGUAUCACUCUCUUUGCUGAGCAGCUUAUCUCUGUCUCGCACGUGGUAAUGAAACUUUUAAGAGCGGUAAUCACUGUUGUUUCACAGGUUACAAUAUGACUGCUGCAGACCGUAAAGAUAUAAACAGCACAGUGCUAACUUAUCACAGGAUAGUGGAAGCUUUCAAGUUUGCCUACGCUUACAGGGCAUUGCUGGGAGACGAAGACUUCUGGGACGUAGGAGAGGUAAGGCCUCAUUUAAGUUCAUAAGUGAAAAAUCCAUAAAUUCUCUUCAUUCAAUUUAUCACUGCUGGAAAGUAUAUAUAUAUUUUUUUAGUUAAGAUGUAACGAAUUAGUGACAGUAACAGAACUUUGAUAUGCAUGUUUGGUAUUAUGCUAUUGCUAAUGUUGGAUUUUUUUCUUACUUUUUGUAAUCACGAUUGCUGUUGCUUAGGGACCAUGUGCGCCCUUGCUCUAGAAGUUUUAUGUCAAUAUUUGAUUAAAAUGGCAUGGACGACACUAACAUAACAUUGUUUUCCUCCUCUACUACGGUCACAGGUCCCUUCCCUAAAACCAAAAAUCUAAAAUGGAAACGCUACAUCCCCUUGUAAACAUCCUUACUUUUAACUAUAUAUGCUCAGGACUCAAAAAUUGAUUCAGUGGCCUGCAUUAUUGCAAUCUUUUUAAUCAGUGCUCAUCUUUUUUCCAAGUUUAAAAAAAAUCUGUCGUGUAGAUUGAGAACCGCUUAAAUUAUCGGGCAAAUUAAGGUGGCUCUGAACCUACUCCACAUUUCCCUUCUACUUCUGUCGGCGAUAAAUAUCCGAGUUUGCCCCCUACCUUUAAACUUUUGGCAAAUCUUUUGAAGUGAUACUGAAAUAUUUCUUAGCGAAAUCAGCGUUUAGCGCUUAAUACAUCAAUCUUUGUUUCCAACAGAUUGUACAAAAUAUGACCAGUUCAGCGUUCGGAGAAAGUCUAAGACAAAAGAUUUACGACAACCGAACAUUCGACUACAAACACUACGGGGACUUCUAUUCUAGCGUCAAUCCCGCAGGGACUACGCACCUGUCUCUGAUUUCUCCUGACGGGGAUGCUGUCUCCGCUACCACCACAGUAAAUCUUUAGUAAGUCUUGCCAUAUACAACCUUUUUUUUUUCAGAAACGCUUAGUGUUAGGGGAAGAAAACAUAUCUAAAUCAUAUAUCUUUUCGUAACCUAUGAGCACUUUCCGAAUGAGUGUCGAAGGUAAACCAGAUUGUUUGGUUUUACUGUACUAUACGCUCCGAGAUUUGUUAUGAGAUUCUGCGUUACCGUCUGAACCAAUCACAUGCAAGACAGCAACUAAUCGUGACUUGCUAACUCUCUUUGACCUUUUCAAAACAAGUCACGAUUACUCUUCAUGGGCGUAGCCAGGAUUUUUGAAGGGGGGGGGGUGGAAGUGUCACACUGUGUGGGUACUCACCAGUUUUCGCCACUUCACCAUUGUAGAUUGUUAGCUUGAAAAAAGGCUUAUAAGGAAAGGGUCACAUGCACCCGAAGACCCCCAUUGCAAAGCCCUUGACGUUGUUCUCCCUAAAUCAGCUUCCUCCCCCCCCCCCAAAAAAAAACCUAUUCCAACUUCUGAGACUAAGUUGUUUGAUAGCAUAAUUACACCAAGGUUGUUAUGGGAAAAUAGAAAUUACUUCUGCACGCAGUUAACCUGGUAUUAGCAUCAAUGGAGCGUCGCAUAAUCCUACGAAACUGAAAAAGGUGUCGGAGCUGGUCGGAUGCCGUAACUACGAGUCACACUCGAUAGACCCUUAAAAAGCUUUUGAAGGCUUCAUCUGUGCAAUUCUAUGAUCACGUUAUUAAAUUAUUAAAAUAAAAAAACGUCUUGCACUUCUGAGAAGUGAAUCCAAAGUCUUACACCUUAUCAUAUUAAGCUAUUUAUUCUGUCUUUUUUUUUUCUUUAACUGCUAACUCGCAGCUUUGGGUCAAAGUAUCGCUCGACGCGUACUGGCAUUAUUUACAACAAUGAAAUGGACGACUUUUCGACUCCAGGUGAAAUUAAUUAUUUUGGUGUGGAACCAUCACCGAGCAACUUCAUCGAACCUGGAAAACGACCCAUGUCUUCAAUGACUCCCACCAUAAUUGUAGACCAUAAUAACGUUACCCGACUAGCUGUCGGGGCGUCGGGAGGCACAAAAAUUACAACUGCCAUUCCUUUGGUAAGAUGUAUUGACUCAAGUGAAAUUUUUAUCAAGUGAACGCAUGUUGACCUUUCACACCCUAACAUCAGAAUGCGUAUUCCCCAUACUAUCCUGCUUACUGUUCCUGGGUAUAUAUAGUUGUGACAAGGAGAAUUAGUUUAUCAAUCAAGACCAUCUCUAGUUUGUGAUCAUUUCCUUUAUUCUCCUGACCAUAAUGUUUGAUUCAGGGAUGAUAUUUUUAAGAGAAAAAAAUAGAUGAUGGUCACUCUAAAGGGAUUAAAUUAUUAAAAGGACACCCUAUAUUUAGAGAGUACUGAACAGCCCCCGUGCAACGGAUUUCUUCUUAAUGCAUGAGUAAAUAGAUGAAUAAUUGGAACAAUGUAGAAAUUUGUUCCAAUUAAAUAUACCUGAUCCCCCCUAAGGUUCUGUUUCUCCGCCCCUCAUUGGUAUGCGCAGUCAAUUUUCUACAGCCCCCCCCCCCCAGUUAUACUCUGUUAGUGAAAACUGAUCUCCCCCUCCGUCCUCCCCGAAAACCAUUUUAUUUUCCCCAAAAUUCACUGACCUAUCCCCCACAAGUGAUAAAUAAUUACUUGCUUCCUCCCCCCCCAAAAAUUGUGUGCAUCCUACAACUGUUUUUCAAGCUUUUUUUUUUCUUUGGAACGUGGUUGUACUUACUGUAGAAAUUUAUGUUUUUGAAUGGAACAGGUGGUGAUGAACUACUUCUGGUUCAAUCAAACGUUAACAAAAGCCGUAGAAGAACCCAGGUUCCAUCAUCAACUACUACCAAACUUCCUUCGCAUCGAAAGAGUCCGCCCCAUUUCCCUUACAGUUCAAGAGGGACUGAAAAAGCUUGGACACAACAUUACAGAAUUCUCCUCUGCAGUGGUACAGGCGGCGGCCAUAAGCCCUGAUGGUAAACUUUACGGAAAGGCGGAUCCCAGAAAGGGCUCCUGGGCCGCAGGAUUUUGAAGAUGAUUUAAAAAAGAGAGCUGAUAAUGUAGUUAGAAACAUGUUUAAGCAUACUUGUUAUCAUCUGCUGCUUAGCACUCCGGCGAAGCUUUUUGCAGAGGGGAAAAGACCCAUUAAUCACGAAAAUUUUUGUAACUUUUGUGUAGUUUCCUUUUGUAAUUUGAUGAGCGAUGUCUUAAAACAACAGAAGACACUUUCUCUUUGCCACUAAGCUUUUCGUUAAGAUAUUUAUUGUCCUACUUGGUUAUCAAUACAGAUGUAUAAAGUGGAAAGAAAACAGGUUGAAGCUGUUGACUGCGAUAUGUCAACUGCUAUACUGUUACUCUUUGUUAGACAACGAGAUUGAGGGCUAGUGGCGCUGAAUCGAGACGUCAUCGCACUAGUUUUGCCUUGUGUCAAAUUCGCUUUAAACCUUUCACUCCCAGAUGGCAUGAGUAAUUCAUCUCACUGUCCGUCAUACAAUUCUUAUAAUGUUAGUUCGCAGAAUUUGGUAUUUGAUCAACUAAUCAUCCUCUAAUCCCCCUGACGUUUUUCAUUAUUCUCAUCACUUUUCUGCUUGAUAUUGUAAUGAUAUUUUAAGGAGAAAUUCUCUCUUGGUCAAUCAUGGGAGUUUAAUUAAAGGGUUAACUCGGAGUCUACAAAAGGGGAUAAGUUUCUAAAGAAACUGUGGUGCUGCGUCGGUGGGAGAGUAUAACAGGGUAAUUUAGUAUUAUCAACUCAGUUAAUAACGUAAAUUGGCCACCGUAAAGAUAUUAUUUUAGCUCAUACCGACAACCGACAUGACCUCUAACGUACUCAACUUCGUCAUCGAAAAAGCCUUACAAUUUACUUGCCUAGUAUCAAGUAUCAAUGGGUGCGAGGUUCUGCUAUUACUCGAGUUGCAAUAUUUGAAUAAUUUAGGGUCACAAAAGGGCGGAAAACGCUUCUUUGUAGUUGAGAAAUUUCGUUUAAAUAAAGAAUUUAAAAACUAAGAAACGAAUGCAAUAGACUCUAGGCCAUUAAAAAUAGAAAACGUAAGUCAAAUUUCACAGCUCUGAUAUUAAAAACACCUAUUUUAAUUGCGGUAGAGCAGCUUAGGAAAUAAAAGUGAGAAG